AUGCCACCCAAGAAAUAACAUCUUAAAACUUAAUCAUCAGAGUUAUCAAAUUAAGCUCUUAUAAAUUAUCAAUCAAAUCGUGAGGCUUUGAAUAUAAGAAUGUCUAAUUCACCAAUAUUCCAAAUAGAAUGCAAAGUAUUAAUUUGUCUUUACUUAAGAGUAAAUAAAUUGGUCUUCACUAAUCUACUAUAUUUAAAUCCAAUGUUUCACAGCCAAAUCUCAAAAUUACUUUAUAAUAGUACUUAUGGCUAUAGAUGUAGAUAAACCUAGCGGAAAAUAUAAUAAUAAGAUUUACUAAAAUCAAAAGGAUUCAUGUCUCCUAAGAUCACUAGUUAAGAAAGAGUUAAUCACAAAACAUAACCUAAAUCUAGAGGUAAUCAUAUGAAAACUUAACCUCAAACUUAUUCCAAUUAGAAUUCCUAAACUAAAAUGAAAUCUGUAGAAAGCAUAUAAGAUGACUGUAAACUUUAAAUUCUUAAUCCUAGCUCCAAAAUAAUUAUUUAAAAAUUAAUAAUACUCACCCUUAGCAAAACCAGAAUAAUCCUUUAAAUAAUAAAAUUCUGAAACAAAAUAAAAAUAAUCAUCUGAUCUCUUAGCUAGAUUAAAUUUCUAAACAUCCUUGAUUGUUUCUAGUGUCAAGAAUUAAACUAACUAGUUUUCUGGACCAUAGAUUUAUUAACUAUAAAAUCAUUAAAAAUCAAAUAGUGCUUAAUUUAUUGAAACAUAAAAAUUAUCUACACAAACUUCUUCAUAACCUCGAAUUGAAAUUUAGACAGAAAAAAUUAAAACUAUUACAACUAGGUACACAUUUAAAAUGGAUUUAGAAAAUUUUAAUAGGAUUUUAUUUAAAUCAUCUUACAAUUUAAAUCUUUAAAAUAGAAAAUGACUAUUGAUAUCUCGACUAAUAAAAUAUAAUACUUAGUGGAAUUAAUCAAAGAAGAACUUAAUAAAAAAUUCGUUGAUAAUGAUUCUCUCUAAAUAAUUGGAAUUAAAACAUACAAUAUUUCUAUACCUAUUGAUUAUAUACUUUCUUCAAUUGAUAGACCCUUAUCUUUACUUUCCAAUUGUCCUAAUCAACCUUUAAUCAUAGAACCUAUUUUAUAAACAGAAUAAGAAAAUAGAUUAUCAAGAGUUUGUUUAAAAGAUUUCGAAUUCAUUAGAUGUAUUGGAAUGGGUGGAUUUUCUAAAGUAUAUAUGGUAAGGGAAAAAAGAUCAGGAUAAUUUUAUGCCAUGAAAUUAAUUGAAAAAAGCUCCAUUAUAUCAUAAAAUAAACAAAAUAUUAUAUAAAAUGAAAGAGACUUAAUGAGUAAUUUGAAUCAUCCUUUUAUUGUUAAAAUUUAAUAUGCUUUUGAAUCCAGAAGAUAUUUAGUUUUUGUCUUAGAAUAUUGUUCAGGAGGAGAAUUAUUCUUCUUAUUAAGAAAAGUAAUCCAUUUCUAUUAAUCUUAUAUUAGGUUAAAAGAAUGAAUGAAGAAUAAGCAUUUUUUUAUUUUGCAGAAAUCUGUUUAGGCAUGAAACACUUACAUGAUAGAAGUAUAAUUUAUAGAGAUAUUAAACCUGAAAAUAUUUUAAUCGAUUUUGAUGGACAUGUAAGAAUUGCAGAUUUUGGACUAUCAAAAUAAUUAGAUUAAGAAAUAGCCUAUUCUUUUUGUGGAUCUCCAGAGUAUAUGGCUCCUGAAAUGUUAUUAAAAUAAGGACACAAUUUACAAUUAGAUUUAUAUUGUUUAGGGGCAUUACUUUAUGAAUUAAUAACUGGAUUACCACCUUUCUAUUCCAGGAAUACAGAUGAAAUUUACUAAAGGAUUUUAAAUUAGAAAUUAAGCUAUCCACCAUAAGUGUAGAUGUCUUCUCUUCUAAAAGAUUUAUUGAAUGGAUUAUUAGCUAAAAAUCCUAAAAACAGAAUCGAUAGAAUUGAAACUCUAUUAAGACAUCCAUGGAUGAAUUAAUGGGGUGACAAAUACUUGUACAAAGAAUUACUGUCUAAAAAGAUAGAUCCUCCUUUUAAACCAGAUUAUUACUCAUUUAAUUUUGAUGAAGAAGAAUUUGGUUAAGGAGAUGCUGAAUUUUUACAGUAAAUUAAAACUCUCUAAUAAAAUAUAAUGGAGAAUUUUCCAAAAGAAACAAUAUUAAAAAACUUUUAUUACAAUCCUAAGGAGAUUAAUUGUGCAGAAAGCACAAGAGGUACUAAUUUAAGUACUAAAUUAUUGGAGGAGUAAUAAGUAACUUAGAGAUAAAAAUCAAAAAGAUUCAAUACAUAUGAAGAUGAUAUUUCAAAUUAUGUAAAUGAAUAAAAAAUUUUGCUAUUAAAAUAAUUAAGAUUAUAAACUGAGAAUGAAAUAAAAAGGAAANAUAUCAUAAAAUAAACAAAAUAUUAUAUAAAAUGAAAGAGACUUAAUGAGUAAUUUGAAUCAUCCUUUUAUUGUUAAAAUUUAAUAUGCUUUUGAAUCCAGAAGAUAUUUAGUUUUUGUCUUAGAAUAUUGUUCAGGAGGAGAAUUAUUCUUCUUAUUAAGAAAAGUAAUCCAUUUCUAUUAAUCUUAUAUUAGGUUAAAAGAAUGAAUGAAGAAUAAGCAUUUUUUUAUUUUGCAGAAAUCUGUUUAGGCAUGAAACACUUACAUGAUAGAAGUAUAAUUUAUAGAGAUAUUAAACCUGAAAAUAUUUUAAUCGAUUUUGAUGGACAUGUAAGAAUUGCAGAUUUUGGACUAUCAAAAUAAUUAGAUUAAGAAAUAGCCUAUUCUUUUUGUGGAUCUCCAGAGUAUAUGGCUCCUGAAAUGUUAUUAAAAUAAGGACACAAUUUACAAUUAGAUUUAUAUUGUUUAGGGGCAUUACUUUAUGAAUUAAUAACUGGAUUACCACCUUUCUAUUCCAGGAAUACAGAUGAAAUUUACUAAAGGAUUUUAAAUUAGAAAUUAAGCUAUCCACCAUAAGUGUAGAUGUCUUCUCUUCUAAAAGAUUUAUUGAAUGGAUUAUUAGCUAAAAAUCCUAAAAACAGAAUCGAUAGAAUUGAAACUCUAUUAAGACAUCCAUGGAUGAAUUAAUGGGGUGACAAAUACUUGUACAAAGAAUUACUGUCUAAAAAGAUAGAUCCUCCUUUUAAACCAGAUUAUUACUCAUUUAAUUUUGAUGAAGAAGAAUUUGGUUAAGGAGAUGCUGAAUUUUUACAGUAAAUUAAAACUCUCUAAUAAAAUAUAAUGGAGAAUUUUCCAAAAGAAACAAUAUUAAAAAACUUUUAUUACAAUCCUAAGGAGAUUAAUUGUGCAGAAAGCACAAGAGGUACUAAUUUAAGUACUAAAUUAUUGGAGGAGUAAUAAGUAACUUAGAGAUAAAAAUCAAAAAGAUUCAAUACAUAUGAAGAUGAUAUUUCAAAUUAUGUAAAUGAAUAAAAAAUUUUGCUAUUAAAAUAAUUAAGAUUAUAAACUGAGAAUGAAAUAAAAAGGAAAUCUGCAUGA